UGGAAAAAUCGCAAACUCUUUUCAUUCUUCGUGCAAAAACAUAGCGAUAAAAAUAGAUUUCCUGAGAAAAUUUUCUACGACAAUAAUGAAACCAAGUGAAAAAGUGUUUGUUCCACAUGUGGUUUAUUUACAAUGUCAUUGCAUUUAUCUGAUGAACGUUCAAACAAAAUUAGAGCAAAUUUUCUUCGCUUAACUGCACCAAAAACGCUAUUUAGAACGUGAAUUUCAGCUUAUGUAUUCAUAUUUUCGUGACACCGAAAUACGAAUUGAAUUUCGUUCAUUGCAAUUAUAAUUGUUCAAGUUCAACAGUGUCUACGUUCGCAUCGUAGAAAUUGGUAUUUUGGUUUGAAAACAAAACGAAAAACAAAUAAAUGUGUCAAAACGUGCAAAUCGAUUAAGGGAUAUUAGACAAAAAGAAUUAUACAACAUUGGGUUGUUAAUGGUUAUGAAAACAUGUCACUGAGUGAGGCAAAGAUUUUUCAUUUGCGACAAAUUUUAACAAAUUUUCAGUCAAAAAAAUCCGCCUUUGUCGACAAUCAUCGUAAUUUCGUGCAAAUUUUGUGUUUGGUUGGUGAAACAAAUGAGAUUUUGGUACGAUUUCGUUACUAUGGCGAACAUAAUUUAUCCAAAUUCUUGAAUAAACGAUACGGUGACGAUGACGAAUUGCCUGCAAUUGAUGCUCAACCGUUGCCGUUUAGUCGGGAUUUCGAUAGUUUUAGCAAUGCAGCCAGUUGGAAAUUAAUCGUAUGGUUUCAAAAAACAAACCGAACGAUACAGGACAUUUGUUUUGAUCCAAGUGGCCGUCAUUUGUUGGUUGUGUGCUAUGACAAUACACUUCACAUUGUACCGAUUCUAUGGAUAAUAAAUCCAGAAUUUGGUUUGAAGACAACGACAUCUCAGGAGCUGGAGAAUUUUUACUGGCCAUUUCGAUCCGAUGAAAUUACAUCGUUUAUUGUACCAUUUUCUGGGCCGCAUGAAUGCUCAAAUUCGAAAACAUGUCCAAAUAAUUUAAAUAAAAAUGCAAAUGGUCAAAGAGCAACCAAUCAAAAUGAUUCGACCGAUAUCGAUGCAGAGGAUAAAUACUCACCCGAACAAAUCAAUGAGCUGGUUUUAUCCAACAAUGUGUAUCAAUCAUUUUAUAUGCCUGUCAGCGAUCUUAAGCGAAUCAGCGGAUCAAGCUAUACAGACAACAUGCAGUCGAGCGGCGAACAGAAUAGCGAAGCGAUAAGUAUUGCUGAAAAAAGUCCCGAUGGUUGUGAGAAACAUGUUCACGAAAUUAUUGACAAUCAAAUGAACGCUGAAUCAAAAUCGGAUAAUGUUUGUCCGUUUCCUCUAUCGGUUGUAUGGUGGAGCACAUCACGGCAUGACGAACAAAAGCAUCAACAUAGAGCUAUUAUCGGUUAUUCGGACGGUUCAAUUUGCGUUGUUGGACUGGCGCCAAAUUGCCCUUUCAUAGCGAACACAUCAAUCGAAAUCAAAAGCGGCGGCAUUGCACAAAUGACCAUUUGCCGAGACACAAUCGUUAAGAGUGUAUCAUUGUUGAUUACGGCGACGUCAAAUGAACAAUGGAAAUUAUUGCUGGAACAAAAUUCAAUUGGUUACACCUUUCCGGAUGAGAUUCAAAAAACGUCAUCAGAUUAUCAAAGUAAUAGUAUUCAUACGCCGGACAGUUCGACGAUGAAAUCCAAAUCAUCGGAUCAAGAUUGGCAAUUCGUGAUACCGGUUCCGAUGUCUCCGAAUCAAAUCGAGGAAGCAACUGAUAGCGAAAUGACUGACUUGGAUGGUACAAAGGAUGGUUUUACACAUGUAAGCAGCGCUGAAGAAGCUUUAAUGGCAACCGGAUCAGGUUCCGAUAUGAUACAAGCUAGUGGAAUAUUUCCAGCCGCACGAGCUCGAUUAGCAUCGCUACGAGAUUUGGGAGCGAAAAAAAUUGGCGCACUCAAACUGAAAUUGAUUGAAAAUAAGAUCAAAUCAAAUGAACGAGACCGAAGUCGUCACAAUGCAACACACUUAGCAACAAUGCACAUGCCAACCUUUGUUCCAGAGAUUUUAACCACAAAAACUGGACCAUUUUUCAUUGCACAAUUUUUAAGAAAUACGCACUUAUUAAGCGCACUUCAUUCAUAUUCGGACACAUUGUCGGUGCACAGCAUGGAUAUCAGUUUGAUUCCACUGUAUUUGUAUAAAAUACCGAAAGACUGUUCGAAUGUUUUAUUAACACCAAACAUCAUGUAUACAACACAAAAAAUUCGAAAAAAUUUUGACGAAGUGACCGGCGAUGAAAGUGAAAAUAACACAGACCAACCUGAGGAAGAAUAUGAAAACAAAGAAGUUCCAUCGCCAAUCAAAACAUGCGAUUCAUUUGUGAAUGCAAUCGGUGUCAUCGGUUGUACGUCGUCAGUUCUUCGCAUUGGAGAGGAUUCGGAGUUCAAUUCGUCUUCCAUGCUGGGAGUGUUUCCAUUUCCUGAUGAGCAGAUUAUUGAUAUUCAUAGAAUUCCAUGCAGUCAGCCAUCGUCCCACAUACCAUUUAUUGAAGUGACAUCGGAAAAUAGUCAACAUCCAGUGCCGAUCGGCACAACAAACAUUGGUGAACGACCAAUCAUCCAACAACCAAGAAUCACCACACAAAAUUACGCCGAAAACUAUAGCAAAGAUAAGCAACACAAGGACUCGGUGACGAUGGAAAAUGACUUCUAUGACAUCGAUGAUAAAUCAGUGCUGGAACAUAUUUUUCCCACAAUCGAACUGGAUCAAUGUUUAGUUGUCACCGAUCGUUCAUUGUAUAUGAUUGAAUUCAAUAAUAUGCCACAUGUCGUCUUCUUGAAUUUAGUCAAAACCAAUCAAUGGAAAGCGUGUGAAGAAUUUUGCAAAGUUUUCAAUUUGGAUUAUAAUCAAUGCAUUGAAUACAGCGGUGACGUUUUACUUAGAAAAGGCAAGACGACACAAGCUCUGCUGACUUACAACAUAUCGAAAAUUCCAGCGGUUAAAACUGCGUUGAAGCUAGCAAUGUUCGGACAAAACAGUGCACUGAUGCAUCUCUGUGCCAUGGCCUUGAAAAUUGUGUACGUUUUGAAAAGUGCCAAUCCGAAAAAUCACACCAUCAAAUAUGUGGCGAAGAAUGUCGAGUGCGAACGGAAGGAUUCGGGCCGAUCGAAAAAUUCGAAAAAACAUAAAGACGAAUUAAAUUGUGGUAUUUUGUGCAGCGAUUUUUCGUAUGAAAAAGAUGAAACGCCGGCCGAUUUACAAAUGUCCAAUUCAUCACAAUUUCAUUUAUCAAAUCUAUUGCUAUUGACACUCACCGAAAAAGCCAUCAGGGAUAAACAACUGAUGUCGUUGUGGAAUUUUCUGGUGGUUAAUAAGCGAUAUCACACAAAUAUGAGCAGCAUAGUUCUAGCUCAAAGUGGACUGUAUUCGUCGACAAUAAUUCUGGCACUUAAUCGGGGCGCACACAUGGAUGCAUUUUGUGCUUUAGUUGGUGUAACAAAUCAAGAGUUUGGAUGGUACACUGAAAUCAAUGAAAUUAUUUAUCAACUCUCUGACCCAAUAUUUAUGGAAUGUAUUAUUUACUUGCAAGCAAUUGCAAUGGACUAUUUUGAUUGUAUUCAAUCAAAAUGUGAUCGAAUCAAUCAACAAGUUUUGGAGCGACUUCGAUACCAAUUGGAUCCAUUUACAGCCGUCUUCCGGCCGGUAGUUUCACAGCUAUCAUCAAAUUUCAUCGAAAGCGAUUCGAAUGAUAUAAAUAAGAAGUUGGUCGAGUUUUGUAAGCAUCUAAUUGAAACAUUUUUGAUUGUAAUCAUAAAACUGUAUACACUCAAGUGCACUAAAGACGAAACAACAAAUGGUCUAAAUGCUAUUUGCGUUCGUCAUGAACAGAAUCAGUUUGCUAUAAAAGUUGAUAACGGUCUAAAUAUAUCGGCUGGAUUUGCGCAUUGUGCGGCAAUUAUUGAUGGUUCUUGCUACUUAUGGGGUUCGAAUGGAGUAAAUUGUGCCUUAAAUCUGGCUGCACCAAAUUCAGUUGCUGAUUCGAUUUCGGAAACAUCACCAAGAUGCUUGGAAUUCAUCUCGAACAUGGGAUUAGAAGUACAUGCUGUAAAAUGCGGCAAGGCACAUACGUUGAUAUUAACAAAUAAUGGCCUAUAUGCGAUGGGUUCGAAUUUGCAUAUGCAGUUAGGUAUCGGACAACAACAUGUGCAAGCACUCCAGCCUAUGCUUGUGCCCGAAUUCGAUGGAAAGGAUAUCACAUUGAUUGAAGCAGGUCAAUAUCACAAUGCUGUUUAUGCCGAUGGUGAACUAUACACUUGGGGCUGGGGCAUUUAUGGCCAACUGGGUCAUGGUGAUAUUUUCGCAUUGGAUCGACCAAAAAUGGUUCGAUUCUUCAGUGGAAAACUGGUGAAACAAAUAGCUUUGGGCCAUGCACAUACGUUAGUUCUGUGUGGUAAUGGAUCGGAAAGAGCUGUAUACGUAUUUGGUUGUAAUCUAUUUGGUCAGUUGGGAACCGGACAAUAUCAAAGAGAAAAUCCCACACAAAAGUGUUUAAAGAGCUCAACACCCGUUAGAAUUGAUUUAUUCAACGAGAUUAUCACACAAAUUCAUACAAAAUUUUUCGCAAAUUUUGUCACUACAAAAAGCAAUCGUGUUUAUACCUGGGGAGCAUCACCGCAAUUGAUACGCUUAAUGAAUCAAUCACGAAAACGAGCGAGAAUGGCUCAAAAGUUUGAGGAUACGAAAAAUGCAAUGUCAAACGAAAAUACAGAGAAAUCAACGGAUCCAGCAGAAACGAACGGUCUUGAAGAAAACGGCUUAAAAGAUCAAGUACAAAAUGAGGAACCAUUAAAUCAGGAGACAAUCAAUAUUGAUACGAAUAGCACAAAUCAUAUGGGAAAUGUUGAAUCAUUCGAACAAAAUGAAACAAAUGACAAUGUGCCAAAAUCGAUAGCGAGUAAAUUAAAUCCAAGCAAUUUACAAGAUAGAAUUAGAAAUUUUUUACGUUCAGAAAGCAAACAGACAACAGAAAAGAGUGGUGAAAUUGAUGCUGAAUCAAAAAUAAACAGUGAAUACUAUUUGGACGAUGAGUAUACGGACCAUUUUCUUCCGCAACAAGUUGACACAUCUGAUGUUAUUGGAGAUAUUAUUCAGGUUUCAAGCGGCCUAUACCACAAUGUUUUAUUGACAAACGCAUCACAGAGUCUGUAUACUUGGGGUCGAAACUUGGAGAAGCAGCUUGGACGAGAGAAUACGAGAUGUGAUUUAACAAAGCCAACACUUUUAGAAAUAAAUGACAAUAUUAUUUGUAUUGAUUGUGGAGCCGAUUUUACACUAAUAUUGACUGAUAAUUUCACCGUCAAGGCUUUUGGAAACAACAAUGUCGGACAAUGUGGUCGUGAAAUGAAUCAUCCCGAUCGAAAUGGUUAUACCGGCAAAUUGGUGCGAUUGCGUGUGUCUAAGCGGAUAGUGCGACUUCCUGAUACAAGCCAAUGCAUCGAUCAACCUAUUGAGGUUCCGUUGCCGCGACCCAAAAUCCGCAUGAAUUACGAUGCAGUGCGUUACCUGAAAAGUAUUCCGAAAUAUCGACCCGAGUACAUAUCACGUGAGAUAUUUCGUAAGCCAGGCUUUCUUGACACCAGCCCAUCGAGCGAGAAUUUCGAUUACAACAGUAUAUCGUCUGAAGGUGAAAACUCGGUCAACCCAUUGACUCAGCAAAUUUCAUCGAUGAAAAUCUCCCCAUCGACCAAUGCAAAACCAUCGACAUCAACUGCACGUCAUCACGAAGUAAAUAGUGAAUUCAUACACUAUUGUCUCUUCAUUCUGCAUGGAAUCUACGAUGCGCAUAAAAUUCUCGGUUUCACCGCAUUGAACGAGUUCAAGGUACGCAUCCUGAUGUUGAACUACUAUGUAAAGGAGGCAUUUUCAUUGUGCUUGGCGGCCGCCAAAGAUACCAUUGCGAUGCAUCAAAGUCAAGACGAUUUUGAGUUAGACAACAUGAUGUUAACCAGUUACGUGAUAAAAUUGUUCGAAUAUUUUACAAAAGACGCAAACAUUGUGCCCAUCCACCGUACCGAUUUGAAAUAUUUGAUUCAUGGCGUGUUCAUGUAUUUCAUUGAAAAUUCGUUGUCCCUAAAACCGUUGGAAGAGUACUUUUUAAAUAACAUCGACCAUUAUUUGUUCGGUUUGGCAUAUGUGCUCUUUUUUACCAACAAUAACACUGAAUUGGAGCGACAACUUCAACAAAAAUACAGCCAUUUAUUCGGUGAUUGUAUAACCGAGGAAAAUCCACGGAAUCUGUACGAUGGAAGCAUAAGUACGGCAGAUGAAGAGGACUCGGCUACCACAGGCGAACCAUCAAAUCAAACUGAUCAAAACGAAAAUGAUUCACAGCUUGAUUUUGAUAUACUGUUUAAGCACGUUUCAACGUCAUUCAAAGCAAUCAUUUGCCAAAGAUUAAUCGAAUUCGAUAAGGAGCUGAAUUGAGGCUGUUCAAUACAGUAUUGACAGUUACUCGAAAGAUUUAUUGUUACUUUUCGGAUUUCUUUGGCAAACAAAAUCCCAGCUGAGUUUUUGUUUUUAGUAUUGGAUUUGUUUUUUUUUUUUUAAU